AUGGCUCUUCAUCUCUUUUCGUGGUCGCCUUUGCGCACCGUUGGCUCAGCCUUUGGGUCGGUGUCUGCUGCUGCUAGUGUUGCUUGUCGCUGGAAUUCGACGGCUGCUCCGAAUCCCGCUCCUCAGCGUGGCCCCAGAUCUCGGUACCGAACUUGGGGGGAACCUAUUUCAAUUAUAUCCCCUUCUAUUGACUUUUCGCUAAUCGGUGGCUUCAACGCAGCUCCCAAAGUGUACAACCGCCGCCGUGGACCAGUGGACCGCCGCCGAUUUCUCGAGGAGCAGCGGGCUCAGAGUGAGAGCAGGGCUUUGGAGAGGUUCCAGACGCGUGAAUGGAAAGCCGGUGAUCUCUAUGCCCCUCAUGAUCUCAGCCCGGCAGAGAUGAAGAAAUGGAGGAAGCGUUACAGUCCCUCGACUGAUGCCUUUGACGCCCUGAACCUGAACCCCCUGGAUUUGUAUAAGAACUUCUCUGUUAUGUCGGAAUAUAUCACCUCGAUGGGUCGGAUAAAGCACAGAAACAUGACGGGUCUGCGGCCCGUCAACCAGCGCAAGAUUUCCAAGGCUAUCCGGAGAGCUGUUGGUCUCGGUCUCAUGCCCAGUGUUCACCGACACCCGGAAGUUCUGGCGGCCGAAGCAAGGUCGCGGAUGGAGGGAGGAAGUGGCUACUGA